GUUGAUGAUUUCAUUGUUAGCUGACUUAGACAAAUUAGAGUUAAGAUGUAUAGUUAAAUAGUGUCUGUUGCGUUGAUGGAGGCUCAGCACAUGAUUGAUUUGUAAAAUUGAAAUUGUUCGCUCGAUUUUACAUGUUGACAAAAGAAAAUUGUAACAAAAAAAUAUGACUUCUGCUAAGCCGCCAAUUGAUGCUACGUUUUUUGGAUUGAAUGAGUGAUCGAGUGUAUGCGAAUCUUACGAUUCUCGGCAUGAACGAUAAUUUCGAAUUAGCAAUAGCUAGAAGAAAGCACCCUGACGAUAUUGCUGUCGUCCGGACGUGUGUCUUCUGUUCGCGAUUGCUUUUCCCUUUGAAGUAUUUCCCACACAAACAAAAACCCGUAUUGUGCAACUACCUUUUUAUUAACGAACACCACUUACCACGCAGGUUGCGGACAUCCGUGUCAGAAUGAGAACGCCGAAGAGGAAGGCUCUCAAUCUAUCAGGUUAAUGUGCCCGCUGCUGUCCGGCUGGCGUGAAUAAAUUGGAAGUUGAAAAAUCAUCUCUGUGUUGAAAUAGAAUUUGAGUUUUUCAACCUUCGACCGGCAGCCGGCAGUAUGAGGGUGGAAAAUGUUGUGAGAAUGGUGAAUGAGUGUGUUUAUCAACCAGAAAACAGAAAACUAUUAAUCACAGAGAUUUUUUUAGGAACCCCUUCUCAAACCCAAACCAAAUAGCCAUGCCGCGGACAUUUUUCUGCAUUUCUAGUAGAUUUUAACUGACUUAGUAAUUAUUUGAACAGUAUUAGAAAAAAAUUGAUAUUGUAACCGGGCAGAAAAAAUGUUCCGGGCACUGAGGAGCUGGCUGGAGCACGCGGCAAAACUCCGGAUAUUGGAUCUCGUUCCUAUACGGAAAUUAUGCGCGAGCAAAUGCUCAAAGGAGAAGAAGUGGAGUUGCGCAAAAAGAUCCAGGAAAAGGCAAAGGAUGGCACACUGAAGGUGAACAGCAGUAGCAACGGAGAACUUGCCCCGAAGGUAGCGAUUCCGGAGCCGAAGAAACGAGGACGUUGGGAUCAAACCGUGGAGGAAUCGUUUGUGCCACCGAAGAAGCUGGCCGUUCCUUCAACACCUACCUGGGGUGAUGCUGAGAAAACUCCGGCCGAUCACCGGUGGGAUGAAACGCCCGGUCACAAGGGUAGCGAAACACCGGGGGCCACACCGAGUGUGCGCAUCUGGGACGCAACACCGGCACAUUCCGGUGCUACACCGGGUCGUGAAACUCCGGCGGAAAAGUCCACUCGCCGUAACCGUUGGGAUGAGACGCCAAAAACCGAACGGGAAACACCGGGACAUUCGUGGGCCGAAACACCCCGAGCAGAUCGUGGACCAAGCGACAGUGUAAUGGACAGCACGACACCGGCUUCGAAGCGUCGUUCCCGAUGGGACGAGACACCGUCGAACGCCACACCAUCGGCUAUGACACCGUCGAUUGCGAUGACUCCGACACCGCAUGCUACCCCAGGUCAUGCCACACCACUGUUGACACCGGGCGGUACGACCCCGAUCGGACACAAGGCUAUGACCAUGGCUACGCCGACUCCAGGUCACUUGGCAUCGAUGACACCGGAACAGUUACAGGCUUAUCGUUGGGAAAAGGAAAUCGACGAACGAAAUCGUCCAUUCAGCGAUGAGGAAUUGGACGCGAUGUUCCCACCCGGAUACAAAAUCCUUCCUCCACCUGCGGGAUAUAUUCCGAUUCGUACUCCUGGUAGAAAACUAACCGCUACCCCGACACCGAUGGCUGGAACUCCGGCCGGAUUUUUCAUACAAGCUGAAGACAAAUCCGCUAAAUUCAUUGACAAUCAACCGAAAGGAAAUUUACCUUUCAUGAAACCGGAAGAUGCGCAAUAUUUCGACAAACUGUUGGUUGAAGUAGACGAGGAAGCUCUCAGUCCGGAAGAACAGAAAGAACGUAAAAUCAUGAAGCUAUUGUUGAAGAUUAAAAACGGAACACCGCCGAUGAGGAAGGCCGCUCUCCGACAGAUCACCGAUAAGGCGCGGGAGUUCGGUGCGGGACCACUGUUCAAUCAAAUUCUACCGUUACUCAUGAGUCCCACCUUGGAGGAUCAGGAACGGCACUUGCUGGUGAAGGUCAUCGAUCGAAUCCUGUACAAACUGGACGAUUUGGUGCGACCGUACGUGCACAAAAUUCUGGUCGUCAUCGAACCGCUGCUGAUCGAUGAAGAUUACUAUGCCCGUGUUGAAGGUCGAGAAAUUAUUUCCAACUUGGCCAAGGCAGCCGGAUUGGCCACUAUGAUUUCGACGAUGAGACCGGAUAUCGACAAUAUUGAUGAGUACGUGCGUAACACCACGGCGCGUGCCUUUGCCGUCGUUGCUUCCGCCCUUGGCAUCCCGUCGCUUCUACCUUUCUUGAAAGCCGUUUGUAAGAGUAAGAAAUCGUGGCAGGCUCGUCACACCGGUAUCAAAAUUGUCCAGCAGAUUGCAAUCCUGAUGGGUUGUGCCAUUUUGCCGCAUCUUAAAUCGCUGGUGGAAAUUAUCGAGCACGGUUUGGUUGACGAACAGCAGAAAGUCCGAACCAUCACUGCUUUGGCACUGGCUGCGCUGGCCGAAGCCGCCACUCCGUACGGUAUCGAAUCGUUCGAUUCGGUGUUGAAACCCCUGUGGAAGGGUAUCCGAACGCAUCGUGGUAAAGGUUUGGCUGCCUUUUUGAAGGCCAUCGGUUAUCUGAUCCCGUUGAUGGAUGCCGAAUAUGCCAACUACUACACCCGAGAAGUGAUGUUGAUUUUGAUCCGUGAGUUCCAGUCUCCGGACGAGGAAAUGAAAAAGAUUGUGUUGAAAGUCGUGAAACAGUGCUGCGCUACCGAUGGUGUGGAAGCGCAGUACAUCAAGGAGGAAAUUCUGCCACACUUCUUCAAACAUUUCUGGAACCAUCGGAUGGCACUGGAUCGACGCAACUAUCGGCAGCUGGUCGAUACGACGGUGGAAAUCGCCAACAAAGUCGGAGCAUCGGAAAUCAUCAAUCGAGUGGUGGACGAUUUGAAGGAUGAAAACGAACAGUACCGAAAGAUGGUGAUGGAAACCAUCGAGAAAAUUAUGGGCAAUCUGGGUGCGGCCGAUAUCGAUUCCCGGCUGGAGGAGCAGUUGAUCGACGGUAUACUGUAUGCGUUCCAGGAACAAACCACGGAGGACGUUGUCAUGCUGAACGGUUUCGGUACCAUCGUUAACCAGCUGAGCAAACGUGUCAAACCGUAUUUGCCGCAGAUUUGCGGUACCAUUUUGUGGCGAUUGAAUAACAAAUCGGCAAAAGUUCGACAACAGGCAGCGGAUUUGAUUUCCCGCAUUGCGGUGGUGAUGAAAACUUGCCAAGAGGAAAAGCUGAUGGGUCAUUUGGGAGUCGUACUGUACGAGUAUCUGGGAGAGGAAUACCCGGAAGUGUUGGGUUCCAUUCUGGGUGCACUGAAGGCCAUCGUCAACGUGAUCGGUAUGACGAAGAUGACGCCACCGAUCAAAGAUUUGCUACCCCGGUUGACACCCAUUCUGAAGAAUCGACACGAAAAAGUACAGGAAAACUGUAUCGAUCUUGUCGGUCGGAUUGCCGAUCGUGGACCGGAGUACGUCUCGGCCCGCGAGUGGAUGCGAAUCUGUUUCGAGCUGUUGGAAUUGCUGAAGGCCCACAAGAAAGCUAUCCGGAGAGCGACGGUCAACACGUUCGGUUAUAUUGCGAAAGCCAUCGGUCCGCAUGAUGUGCUGGCAACGUUGUUGAACAAUCUCAAAGUUCAGGAGCGUCAAAAUCGUGUCUGUACCACGGUUGCGAUCGCCAUCGUCGCCGAAACAUGUCGACCAUUCACCGUUCUACCGGCACUCAUGAACGAAUAUCGUGUUCCGGAAUUGAACGUACAGAACGGUGUUCUAAAAUCCCUAUCCUUCUUAUUUGAGUACAUCGGAGAAAUGGGCAAAGAUUACAUCUACGCAGUUUGUCCGCUGCUGGAGGAUGCACUGAUGGAUCGUGAUCUGGUUCAUCGACAGACUGCUUGUGCCGCUAUCAAACACAUGGCCCUCGGCGUGUACGGAUUUGGCUGUGAGGAUGCGCUCAUCCAUUUGCUGAACUACGUGUGGCCGAAUAUAUUCGAAACGUCACCCCAUCUGGUGCAGGCCUUUAUGGACGCCGUGGAAGGUUUACGAGUUGCGUUGGGACCGAUCAAAAUUCUCCAGUACACCCUGCAGGGUCUGUUCCAUCCGGCACGGAAAGUCCGGGACGUGUACUGGAAGAUCUACAAUUCGCUCUACAUUGGAGCCCAGGAUGCCCUCAUUGUCGGAUAUCCUCGCAUUUCGAACGACCCGCAGAAUCCGUACAUUCGCUAUGAGCUGGACUAUAACAUUUAAGGGAAACAAGAUUCAGGUAUCCGUUGGGAAUAAAUAUCAACAACAUAUUCUUUAUCAGCAUCCGUCGUUAACAGACGGAGCAGUAAAUAUUCUUAACUAUCAUUAAACUGUUUGUAGUGUUA